UUGUCAAAGGUUAAAAGGUUAAUUAAGAAAGGUGUGAAGCAUGCAUCGCCUAAAAGCUUAGCAAACUCAUGGCGUUUGUGUUUAUAAGCUUUAGCAGGCACUGGUCGAAAAUAAAUGUGUAUGAGCCUCACUUAAUUUAUACCAAAAAUGGAUUUUCUGAAACCACAACAGAAGCAAACUUCUAAUCUCAAGACAAGCAUUUCUGUGGAGUCCCUUCAAAGACCUAAUGUAACCCAUGCUGAAGGAGACAGCACUACUAAGCUAACCACUAGCAGGUACAUGCUCACUGGUGCAGAACAGGUGUCUGGUUCCAGUACACAUCUUUCCAAGGGUUCGUUGUCAUUGGCAACCAAUCUUCAUCACAUUGGCAAGGAGCUCUUUUUCCCCGUCACAGGAUUAACUGUUGAAAGCUUUCUCUCGGAGACACCACCGCUAUCACCACGACAACAACCCUCACCCAGCAAAGCCCCGCCCACUGAUGACUCCCCACCACCACAUGGACGGAAGGUGUGCGUGAAUGGACGUGAGAUCGCUGUCUUUCUCUAUGGAAACAAUUUCUAUGCAGUGGAUGAGCAUUGCUCACAUUUAGGUGGACCACUGCAUCUCGCGGACAUUGAAGAUUCUCUUUCACUAACUACUGGACAAUCAACACCCUGUAUUAUCUGUCCCUGGCACAAGUGGUGCUUUGAUCUGAGUACUGGGAGACAGUUAGACCCACUUGGGAGAGAGCAGCACAUACAAUCUUAUCCUGUUCGAGUAGAUUCAGAUACUGGGACUAUUUCUAUUGGUUUUGCAUCGUUUGAUUCAUCUUGUUUUACUGACUAUGACUUCUAGCAGGAGUGCAACUCCUGCUUCUAUAGUAUUCUGUUAUCAUGUUUAUUCUUCAGGUAAUUAUUUUUAUACAUUAAUUUGGGGAAUUAAAUUAAGGUGGUUUGA